CCUCUAACACAAUUGCCCUAGCUCCUAUACUACAAAUACUCUUUCCCAAAUCCAAAAUCCCAAAUUCACAUCGCCGUCCGCCGCCUUGUCGGCUCGCCGGCGAGCCGUCUCCGCCGCCUCUCGAGUCCGAUCAAAAAAAAAAAAAAACAUGGAGGGGUCGCCCCGACGCCGGAAGCUGCGGCGGCUGUCUCCGGGGGCGGCGCCGCAGCAGCCGAAGCCGAGCCUGAACUCCCUCCCGUCGGAGAUCCUCGAGAACAUCGUCGGCCGCCUCCCCGUCCGCCAGGCCGUCCGCACGUCGGCUCUCUCCCGCGACUGGCGCCGCCGCUGGGAGUCCUCCCCGGGGAUCCGCUUCGGGUGGGGCAGCGGCGAGGCGGGCGCCGCCGCCGCCGUCGGCCAAAUCCUCGCGCGGUACGCGUGCCCCGUCCGCCAUUUCCGCCACGGGUGGAUCGAGAGCGGUGGCUCCGCCCGCGCGGACGAGUGGUUCGUCGUCCUCGCCGGGAGGGGCGUCGAGCACCUCGCCCUAAUCUUCUCGGAGGCCGACAACUUCCUCUUCCACACGCUUCACGCCGCCAUCUUCUCGUGCCGCGAGCUCACCAAGCUGGAGCUCGGGAGCUGCCGCCUCCCGGCCGCGCCCUCGGACUUCUCAGGGUUCCCAAAUCUCACCGUGUUAACCCUCACCAUGGUCGCUUUUCCACCCCAUGGGGAGAGGACUUUGGAGGCGAUGAUCUCCUCGGCUCCGUUGCUUCAGUCGCUGGAGCUUAAGAAUGUUAGUAUGGAAGGCGGCGAGUGGGAUGAGUGGGUGAUUCGGGCACCAAAUCUCAAGGAUUUGAUUAUUCAGUUAGAGUUCGAUUUUCUAUGGGAGAUCGAGCAGCUUCCUUCCAUCCAGACGGCGACUAUCAGUGUUGAUAAUGAAUCUACCGAUCGUGAUUUUGUUCAGCUACUGACAUGUUUUGCUCGACCUUCAUAUACCGGAUACAGAAGUGGAUAAUGCUCUGGAGGGACUUUCAUGUUCUUUUGAGAAAUUGAAGAAAUUAACACUUCGUACAAAAUUCUGUGAUGUCUCUAACAUUUUAUGUAUGUUUUCUUUACUCAAUAAGUGCCCCAACAUUGAAGUUCUGGACAUUGAGGUGAUAUUGCAUCAGUUCUUUUCCCUAUUUAAUGCUCUCAUUUAAAAUAUUUUUACAGGAACUAUUUAAAAUAUUUGUUAAUUUUUGGCAGAUCAUGGAAAGUUAUUAUCCUCAGAAUGAUGAUAUAGAUGUAGAUUUUUUCAAUACAAUUGGGACCAACGAUAUGUUUGCUAAUCUGGAUGGCAUAACCAUGAGGAAUACCCCAUGCUUGUCAAAUGAUAUGCACUUUAUUGAGUUUGUUCUGUCAAGAGCUAGGCUACUUACUAAAUUUUGGGUUUUUCGAGAUGAUAGUAGCUCAUUCUCAAAGCCUAGUGAAGAAGCAGUUAUCGAGUUAGUAAAAUAUAGAAGAGUGUCACCAAAAGCCAAGGUCUUCUUUAGGAGCAUGGAUGAUUAUUGCAUUUGAGUGCCAAGAGCAUUCUUGGUGCGGAGCUAGAGGAUAUCUUUUACAUGGACUGUGGUCAAGCAUGCUUUCGCAUAUUACUUGCUACCGGAACAGCUUGAUUGUUAAGUUUUCUUUCUACCGGACAUGACUCUGGUAAUAUUUGUUGUGGGUAUCCGAGAGCAUGUAUCAAUUGUCACUGGUUGAUUCAGUGUCAAUUUUGCAGAAAUGGUGGAGGUAACAGUGGCUUGUAGUGUAAUCUUCUUCGAAGAUAAAAAAGUGUUUACAGUAAUUGUCUGUACACCAAAUACUAGUCAGACAUUUUAAUUAUGGAUGAUUCUUGGAUUUUGUUGUAUUGCCCAUUAUCUUGAAGGCUUGACUUUGAA